AAUGGUUGGGUGGGUGUGUUCUAGAGUGCAGUAAGGAAGAGAAAGACAUUAAAACAAGCGAACCUCAAAGAUUGCUUUCCUGCUAACAACAAAAGACCAUUACCCAGAUGAAAUGUUAAAUGCAAUUGAUAAAAAAGAGAAGACAGAAAGUAAAACGCAGCAAGAGUUAAAAGGAGCAGGAAUUGUGCCGAAGGCUAAGAGGGAAGCAGAAAUACGCAACUCUGGAAUAUUUUGGGUGUUUUCCUGUUGAUUCUUCGCAUCAGACAGCACAAUGGAAAGCUACAUAGUCACUCUGGCAACGGGCACAUCGGAGUAUUCAGGCACCAACAACUACAUCUAUGUGACGCUGGUGGGGGUGACGGGGGAAAGCGAGCGCACUUUACUGGACAACCCAGGCCUAGACUUUUGUCGAGGGGCGGUGGAUGAGUACAAAGUAAGCAGCCAUACCCCUCUCGGCCCUCUGCUACUUGUCAGACUAGAAAAAGAGCGAUACUGGGUGGAAGAUAACUGGUUCUGUCGCUACGUCACUGUGAAUCCUCCAAUUGGAGACCGAGCGCUGACCUUCCCUUGUUACCGCUGGUUUGUGGGAGAUGUCACAGUGGAGAUAAGAGAAGGAACAGCCAAGACACAUAGAGAUGACUCCUUAGCUCUUCUCCAAACUCACAGAAAAAGAGAACUUCAGGACAGACAGCAGACUUACAGAUGGCUAACAUGGGCGACAGGGAUACCACGAUGUAUCGAUGCUAAAACAGAAGCAGAUUUGCCACAAGAUGCUCGUUUUGACAACGAGAAGAGGAGUGACUUUGAGUAUUCAUUACAUUUCGCCUUGUUGGAGUUGUCGCUUAAGAAACUCGUCAUCCGUUUUGGGAAUUCCUGGGACGACCUUGAGGAUUUCAAACAUAUCUUCUGGAAGCUCCGAAGCCCAAUAUCUGAGUACUGCAUGGACCACUGGAAGGAAGACUGGUUCUUUGGUUACCAGUGUCUAAAUGGCUCAAACCCCAGAAUGAUCCGCAGGUGUAAGAGGCUACCAGAGAACUUCCCAGUCUCAGCUUCCAUGGUGCAGAGCUCAUUACCUCUUAGAACAAACCUGAACAAAGAACUUAAGGCGGGUAACAUAUAUUUGUUAGAUUAUAUCAUCAUGGAGGGGAUUCCCAGCAACACAAUCAAGGGUAAACCACAAUACAUCGCUGCUCCCCUCUGUCUCCUCUACCAACAUCCAGACCAAGGGCUCAUACCUAUUGCUAUUCAGCUGGGUCAAAUUCCAGGCUUGGACACACCCAUUUUUCUGCCUAAAGACCCACCCCUCGCCUGGCUGCUGGCAAAGAUGUGGGUGCGUCACUCGGAGUUCCAGAUCUUCCAGGUGCUAUCUCACCUGCUCAGGACUCACUUGGUGGUGGAGGUGUUUUGUGUGGCCACGCUGAGACAGUUGCCAGCCGUACAUCCCAUUUAUAAGAUGCUGGCCCCCCAUCAGCGCUACACACUGGAAAUCAACUGUCGGGGGCGCACUCAGCUCAUCUCAUCAGAUGGCAUCUUUAAACGGGUUGCGUCUACAGGUGGUGAUGGUCUGCUCAUUUUGGCCCAGAGAGAGUACAAAGAUCUCACCUACCGCUCACUCCAGCCCUUCCUUGAUUUUGCUGAUCGAGAAGUUUCCCACCUGCCAAAGUAUUUUUACAGAGAACACAGUCUGAUGCUGUGGGAGUCAAUACACAGUUUUGUCUCAGAAAUGGUUAGCCUGUACUAUCAGUCCGACCAAGAUGUGCAUCAGGACUCUGAACUCCAAGCCUGGGUCAAAGACAUCACACAAGUGGGCUUCACAGAGCUCCCCAACUUUGGUCUUCCUAGUGAGCUGAGCACCAAAGCGGAACUGUCCACCUUGCUUGCAGUGAUCAUCUUCACCAGUACAGUCCAGCAUGCUGCUUCUAACAAUGGGCAGUUUGACUGGUGUGCAUGGAUACCAAAUACCCCUUGCACCAUGAGACAACCACCACCGACAGACAAAGAUGCUGUUACAAUGGAAAUGAUCAUGGCCACCCUUCCUGAUGUCAGUCAGUCAUGUGUGCAGAUGGCCAUCACGUGGCAUCUGGGACGAGCACAACCUGAUGCAAUUUUUUUGGGCGACUACACAGAGCAGCACUUCAGUGAGGGGCGAGCUUUGGAGCUAAUUGACAGAUUUAGAAAGGAUCUGAAAGAGAUUGAAGGCCGCAUCUUAAGUCAGAAUGAAGGACAGGAGCUACCCUACCUAUUCCUACUGCCGAGUCGUGUAGAAAACAGCAUCACGAUAUGAACAAAUGUUCACCUCAAGUAUGAAACAAAGAUUUCUUAUUCUUUUUAUAUAAAGAAAUAUAUUAUUACUGUACUCCAUUAAGUACAUGUUAAUAGUGUACAACAGCAUAUAUCCUUGUAUGUAAGCAACAGCAUUAAAAUGCUGGCCAAUAGAUAAUUAGCAAAAUGUAGCAAUAGUUGACAGUGACAAUUGACCAGAGUCACUGUAUGCAUUCUAAAAACCCUUGAAUGGGGUGUGAACCUUCAUUCUUGUUACCCACAUUGUAAAACAAUUAUUCAGUUCCUGCACUUCUACAGUAUAUUUACACAAGUGAAUUAUUCCUUGUUUCUCUACUUCCAAAUUGACUUGACCUUUUUAAAGAUGGACUUGAUAGCUGGUUUAGUGGCUUGGCUGUCUGAAACCGUGUCGAGAGUGGUACCAGGACAACAACCAACCUCCAAAUUAUUUGGGCGUAUCUUCCUUGAACGUCUCAUUUUCCACCUUUUCCACAGGGACUUCCUCUUGGAAUGAAGUCCUUCAGGUUGCAUGUCUUCUUUUAGAGUGUCAUCUGAUAAUUGAUUCUUGCUUCCUCUCUCUUUUAUCAACUGGUAGCUGCUAGAAGAAGCGAUAGAGGUGGAUCCAGUGUACGGUGAGUCUCGCGGACCAGUUGAGUAACCGUCAAACUCCUCUUUGGACUGUUUUAUGUCACUACAAAUCGGCUUGCCUGUCAUGGCAACACUCUCUAAGGAUUCCACUGAGCUCCUUUCAGGGACAUAUACACGGACAGCAUCACAGAGACCUUGUCUGAGGGAAUUUUCUAAUUUUUUGGAAAACUCCUGUCUGAAGAUGUUCUCAAAGAUACUGUAGAUGUUGUGCUCAUUUGCAUCCCCCUCAGACUGGAGAAGAUUGAGCCCACUGGCUUGCUCUUCAUCUGUCUCUGUAGCUCCCAGUUUACUGUCAGGAAUGGAUGCCAAGCCAAUAGAAUGGCAGGACAUUUCUUCUUCUGCUUUUUCAUUGGAGAUAUUUGGAGUUGGUUGUUCAUAGCUGCAUGUAUUCUUGAUCAUGUUUGCCUUCUCAAGGGGGAAUGAAGUUGGUGUGGUGGAAUGGGAUUUAGAUGUUGCAGUUUCCAAAAGAGUAGAAAGCCCGGAGCAGGAUUCUUCCUCAAAGAAGCAAAACUUCUCCACGGCCACUUGUUCAGAAAUAUUCUGAGGUUUCUCUACUUUGCUGUCACUUGUGAUUGGGUUUGUCUCUUCAACAAUGGAGGAUGGAUUUUCUGCAGAACCUCCAAGCUCACCAUCCUCUAAAGCGCCUGAAAUCCCAGAGAAUGACUCUUCUUCAUCUUCAUCUUCAUCUUCAUCUUCUUCCUCUUCUUCGUCCAAACUACCAUGAUGAAAAGCUUUCUCAGCUUUUGUCUCAUUCUUGACUUUGGCUUUCUUGCCCUUCUUCUUGCCAGAGCGAGAUUUCCACAUGGACUUCAUUUUUUUAACAAUGGUUUUGCCGGCUGUCUUUGUAACUUUGCUGGCUGAGUCGAUGGUGUGAACAACAGGCUGAAUGACAUGGCUGAUGAUAUUUUUGGCUUUCUCAAUUAUGGGAGAGGAGGUGGAAGGAGAAGGCACUGGAGAAUCUGCCACCCCAGUGUCAUCCAACCCAGAGGUGGAUCCAGACUCAGAUAUCCAACUAUCUUUCCUUGCUUCUUCAGAGGCAUCUGGAAUUUUCUCAUCCAUCACAUUUAAUGAAGAAGUGGAAAGCUGCGGGGACGACUUCACCUCAAGCGCGCAGGGAUUCUCCGCUGUCUCAUAUUCAUGUAGAGGUAUCUCGUUUUUGAAGACAUUUGCCUUUUGAAGGGCGGAUAUAAUAGGACACGGACAGGGAGCAGAACGUGCCACCCCAGCGUACCUCGAUGUGUUGGCUGAAGAAGAAGCUGAAGAAUUGGCCUCUCCUGUCUCCUCUAAAAUGGGGGACAGCCUGGGGGUCAACUGUUUUUCAAACCUGCAGAGUUCCUCCACUGCACCCUCAUCCAAUAUGUCCAGAGGAAAGUAUUUGCUGUCUAUUCCGGUGCUCAUGAUCAAGUUUGCAGAUGAACUUUCCUCUGCAGGUCCCUCUGUUGCUGGUGCAAGCCUUGAUAUAACUGGAAAAUCCUGAUGUUCCUCCUCUCUGCUGAUUUCCUUAUCAGACAAUGAAGAGGAAUGGGAAGCAGAUGGAACAUUCACUUCAGGGUCCUCUGAAGUGGGCAGAAUACUGGAGACUGGUCCUCCCUCAACUAUUUCAGACUCCUCCUCUGCCUCUUUAUCUGAAUCUGUGAUAUCUUCAUCCUUCCACGCUGACCUGACUUUUUUGGCCAUUGCUUUGGUAACUUCUAUGGUGUCAACCACAGGCUGAAUCACAUGGCUGAUCAUACUGAUAGCCUUCCCAAGCAUGGGUGAAGAGUCAUCUCCCUUUGGUUCUUCAUUGUUGUACUCUAACAUAUUACUGUCAGGACGCUCUCUCUCCUUAGAUGACAUUAAAUAGCCCUCCUUUCCUUCAGGGAGGAACUCUUUGGGAUUCUCAGCACUCAUGAGCCUCUCCGAGAAAAAGUUCUUGAGGUAUUGCUUGAUUUUAUGCUGAGUGAUGACGCCGUACGACGACUCGUCGAUAUAAACAUUUGUAGUAGAGCGUUCCUCUGCAUCCCAGAGGGCAAUCAGCUGUCUCAACUUUGCAAUGUCUGCUAUGCUCUUCUCCACGAUGCUCUUGAUGAUAUUGUUGAUUUUGUCAUCCCUCUCUUUGUCCAUUAGGCUUAAGGUCAUAUUCUAGUGAACAAAUACAACACACAUCUGAUUAGCAUGACAAUUAUUUUAUUGAAUAAAUGAUGCACAUUGGCAUGGGGUUAUUUUAUUACCUGGUUUACUUCCGACAUGUUCAGAUGGUCGCCAAACAACCCCCGUUGUACAAAAAAAUCUUUCAGGCAUUUCUGAGUGUUGAGAAGGUCAAGAAUACCGUAUGGGGACAACUGGCUCUUCUCUGUGAUUUUUCGCAGAUGAGCUUUGUUGAAACUCGCCGCCAUUUUUGCUUCCAUGGCCUUCAUCCCUUGCCGAAGUACAUUUUGUUUUAGGAAAACAGUAUUCGUGGACAAUCACAAACCUUUGCUUUCGCCUGUUUGAUCUGAGCCGUGCAAAAGAGAUCGAAGCAUGACAUCGGCACAUUUUGUCAUGAAAGCAUGACAUCAUCACCUUUUUGUCAUCAAAGCGUGAUGACUAAUAAUGAGAUUCCAAAUGAACGGGCACAAAUAAGUUAAGUUUAACUCCAAAGCAUCCAAUUACCAGUUAGCAACAAAAAUCUACAAAGAUUGCAACAUGUGUAAAUAACUAUGUUAGGUCAAACAACUCCUGCAUUUUUCAAUUACAAUGGUACCUCGACUUAAGAGUACACCAACUUACGAGUGUUUUGAAAUAAGCUGUCACAUGGCUACUGCUAUACUUUAGGUUGUGUGCAAACAUUUGAGUUAUGGGCCUCCUCACCAUUAGUUGGGAUAGUGAAUGAAGACUAGAAGGGAUUCGCUCAUAUUGCUCCACCAAGUUGUCUACACGGUCGGUCAGGUUUUUGAUGAUUUAUUUAUUUAACUUAAAGGCCUACUGAAAUGAAUUUUUUUUAUUUAAACGGGGAUAGCAGAUCUAUUCUAUGUGUCAUACUUGAUCAUUUCGCGAUAUUGCCAUAUUUUUGCUGAAAGGAUUUAGUAUAAAACAACGACGAUAAAUAUCGCAACUUUUACCGGAAGUAGCGUGACGUAGUCAAUUGAACAUAUCCGCAAAGUUCCCUAUUGCUUACAAUGAUGGCCGCCAGAAGUGACAGAGAUUCGGACCGAGAAAGCGACGAUUUCCCCAUUAAUUUGAGCGAGGAUGAAAGAUUUGUGGAUGAGGAAAAUGCAAGUGAACGACUAGUGGGGAGUGGAAGCGAUUCAGAUAGGGAAGAUGCUGUGAGAGCCGGGGGUGACCUGAUAUUCAGCUGGGAAUGACUACAACAGUAAAUAAACACAAGACAUAUAUAUACUCUAUUAGCCACAACACAACCAGGCUUAUAUUUAAUAUGCCACAAAUUAAUCCCGCAUAACAAACACCUAGGUGUUUGUUAUGCUAGCUCCUAGCUACUAGCUACUAGCUCGAGCUAGUUAUAGCUCGAGCGGGUUAUAUGGACGGGAUCCCGUAUAUAUAACCCGCCAAUACAAUUCAAACACCUGCACAACACACACACUCACUCAGCCCAAAGGACCGUUCACCUAACCCAAGGUUCAUAAAACUUAUAUAUUUAACCAAAGUUACGUACGUGACACGCACGUACGGGCAAGCGAUCAAAUGUUUGGAAGCGCACGGGUGGGACCUGAUAUUCAGCUGGGAAUGACUACAACAGUAAAUAAACACAAGACAUAUAUAUACUCUAUUAGCCACAACACAACCAGGCUUAUAUUUAAUAUGCCACAAAUUAAUCCUGCACCUAGGUGUUUGUUAUGCUAGCUCCUAGCUCCUAGCUACUAGCUCAAGCUAGUUAUACCAAGCGAUCAAAUGUUUGGAAGCGCAGCUACGUACUCACGGUAUCGCGUCUGUGUAUCCAAAUCAAAGUCCUCCUGGUUAGAGUCUCUGUUGUCCGAGUUCUUCGAUCUUGACUGCAUCUUUCGGGAAUGUAAACAAACACCGGCUGUGUUGUGUUGCUGACUUCCCUCGCAAAAUAUCCGCUUUGCACCGACAACUUUAUUCUUUGCUUGCUCAGCUUCUUUCUCCAUAAUGCAAUGAACAAAUUGCAACAGAUUCACCAACACAGAUGUCCAGAAUACUGUGGAAUAAUGAGAUGAAAACAGCUAUUUCGUAUUGGCUUCAAUAGGGAAGCCAUACCUCUGUUAAACUGGCUACGUCACGCGCAUACGUCAUCAUACCGAGACGUUUUCAAGCGGAAGUGUGGCGGGAAAUUGAAAAUUGCACUUUAUAAGUUAACCCGGCCGUAUUGGCAUGUGUUGCAAUGUUAAGAUUUCAUCAUUGAUAUAUAAAUUUUAAUUCUAUUAACUUUUUAUGAACUUUACUAUAAAUUCCUCACAGGGCUGUUUUCAACUAGAAUAUAAAUAUCAAAUCUAUGAACUUGAAUAUAAAUAUUAUAAAUUAUGAAUACAUUUUCCCUGGGGUACACUUUCCUCAAGAGAGCUUUAUUUUUGAAAACCUCAUGAAAACACAUUUACACAUAAGUGUAUGAUGCUGCAGGAAACCUCAUGAAAACACCUUUACACACACAAGUGUAUGAUGCUGCAGGUACUUAAAAAUGUUACCGUACUCCCACUGAUGGGCUAACCUGGUGCAGAAAAGCAAAUAAACAAUAAGAAACAACUUGCAAAACCCAGUCCAGAUUAGCAGCAGGUACAGUAUAAAAUCAGAGACAAUUCUUGUUUAGGAAAGUGACCAUAUGCGCCUUCUCAGGCAGGAUGCGUGAGCGUUCUGGACAGAUAGUGUCUCCUGCUGUGGAAAAUACACGUUCGCUGGGUGUGGAAGAAGCCUGAACGCAUAAAUAGGAGAAAGCGAGAUCUGACAGCAAAGGAUAAGUCUUUUGUUGGUUCCACCGGACCACCACCAUGCAGCAGGGUCGUCAGACAUAAGUAUCGGUGGAACGUCCUGGUACAUCUGCAGCUCUCUCUCCACUCGUUUCUUGAUGGACAUGGAGCUCUGUUAUUUCGCGGUUAUUUCAUUUUUUUUUGUAAAGUAAAGCCACACUUUCGACCGCCGAUGCCCACUAUCCAUGCUUGACCUUGACUGACUCGCUCGGCUAUGCUAACACUUCCGGCGGUGGGCGCUUCUUCGUUGGUGUUCAGCGGCUUCUUCUUCCGGUUCGGCGGACAUAUUUUUUUCCGGUCGGCGGACUGGGUAUCGAAACUAGGAAUCGAAAUUUAACCUUUUGAACGAUUCCGGGAGAAUCGGAAAGUUAGUCCCGGUUCCAAUCGAUACUCGAUACCCAACCCUAGCGAGUAAGACCAGAUGUUUUGAGUGGAUCUUACAGGAUUUAGUGUGACAGUAAACCCUGUAAGAGCCGUUUAGGUCUGUGGUAUGACAUGAAAAUUAUUGUAUGUAGAGGUUGCUGAUAGUGUAUUUGACGGAGAAACAGCUCAAAGGAGAAACCAUACAAAUCCGCUAUCCAAGGUAAAUGCUUUACAUUAUUCUUACAUUACUUCAUAAAACUACUGUAGUUGUUUGUAGAACAUUCUAUUGUAUUUUCCAUACAGUAUUUCUCAUCUAAAAGUUGUUUUUCUUUUUAUAAGGCAUGCUACAAUUCUGAUAUUUUGGGGGUGAGGCAAACACUGAUUACAUUUUCAUAGGUCUUACUUGUAUUUUAUCCUUUUUAUCUACUCAUGGUUCUUACUAUUUUACAAGUUUUAUUAUUUUCACUUUCCAACGUUCCUCAGAGGGAGCCAUCUGCUGUGGAGGCACUUUGUGUCAGCGUCUUUGUGGCCGAGGUCUGAUGACCUCCUGGUGCAGAUGGCUCCUGUGAUAGUGUUACUCACAUGUCUCCUCUGUACUCAGCCAUGCAUUCAUUUGUUCAUAUAGUAGCAUAUGUGUGUGUGUUUGGUAUCUGUCCGUGCGUGCGUGUGUGAUAAUGAUC